CUCUGGCACGACUGGGUCACCCACCCCUUCUCCGUCCCACAUUUGCGCUCCUUGCCUGGCACCACUGGGGACGUGUGGUCCGUCCAGCUGGCCACUCCAGCGCUGUCCGCAGUACCCCAAGUCUUUAGAGAGGGUCUAGAACACCUCCCAGAGACUUUGGCACGGGGGGCGCUCACUAAAGGCAGACGGGCGCACUCUCCACUACCCCUUGGUUCAUUUCUUGCGUGACCCCACGGUUUGCCAACUUCGUGACCGAACUGUUUGCUGGGGUCACUCCUGGGCGGUGGAAGCCGCUCCGGGCAGGGACGACCCGCGAUCGGGACUCAGGAGUCGGGCCGGUAGGAUCCAGCCGGUGGCACUAAGGAGUGCGCGGCGCCGAGCGACACCCCCCUGCGGUCACUGCCCCAGCGGCAGCAGCUGCAGCAGCGGCAACUGCUCGCAUCCCAGCCCCGGCUCGGGUUACUCCCCUCCUCUUCCAGCAUCUCGGGCCAGACCGGGAAAACCUUGUUUAAGUUUGCGGCGAGUACUUCCCUGGUGCGCAAAACUAGGGGUCUGGAAACGCGCCGAGACCAGCCUCUUUUCCCGCGUGUCCACAUUGGAGCCUGAACGGGGACCCCCAGGUUGUCCUUCCGAAAAAAAUGGUUAUCUCUUUGAACUCCUGCCUGAACUUUAUCUGUUUCUCAUUGUGCCUCUGGAGCAAGACAGCAUCAUCGCUGAAUCUUGAAGACCCUAACGUGUGCAGCCACUGGGAAAGCUACUCAGUGACUGUUCAAGAGUCAUACCCACAUCCCUUCGAUCAAGUCUACUACACUAGCUGCACCGACAUUCUGAACUGGUUUAAAUGCACACGGCACAGGAUCAGUUACCGGACAGCCUAUCGGCAUGGGGAGAAGACGAUGUAUAGGCGCAAAUCCCAGUGCUGUCCUGGAUUUUAUGAAAGCAGGGAAAUGUGUGUCCCCCACUGUGCUGAUAAAUGUGUCCACGGUCGCUGCAUUGCUCCAAACACCUGUCAGUGUGAGCCUGGCUGGGGUGGGACCAACUGCUCCAGUGCCUGUGAUGGUGAUCACUGGGGGCCCCACUGCAGCAGCCGGUGCCAGUGCAAAAACGGGGCUUUGUGCAACCCCAUCACGGGGGCUUGCCACUGCGCGGCCGGUUUCCGGGGCUGGCGUUGUGAGGACCGCUGUGAGCAGGGCACCUACGGGAAUGACUGUCACCAGCGAUGCCAGUGUCAGAAUGGAGCCACCUGUGACCACGUCACGGGGGAAUGCCGCUGCCCACCAGGAUACACGGGAGCCUUCUGUGAGGAUCUUUGUCCCCCUGGCAAGCAUGGUCCACAGUGUGAGCAGAGAUGCCCCUGCCAAAAUGGAGGCGUCUGUCAUCACGUCACUGGAGAAUGCUCUUGUCCUCCUGGCUGGCUGGGCACAGUGUGUGGUCAGCCUUGCCCCGAGGGUCGCUUCGGAAAGAACUGUUCACAAGAAUGUCAGUGCCAUAAUGGAGGGACGUGUGAUGCUGCCACAGGCCAAUGUCAUUGCAGUCCAGGAUACACAGGGGAACGGUGCCAGGACGAGUGUCCCGUUGGCACAUACGGAGUUCGCUGUGCUGAGACCUGCCAGUGUGUCAAUGGAGGGAAAUGUUAUCACGUGAGCGGCUCAUGCCUCUGUGAAGCAGGCUUUGCUGGUGAGCGCUGUGAGGCUCGCCUGUGUCCAGAAGGGCUCUACGGCAUCAAAUGUGACAAGCGGUGUCCCUGCCACCUCGACAACACUCACAGCUGUCACCCCAUGUCUGGAGAGUGUGCCUGCAAGCGGGGCUGGUCAGGACUCUACUGUAACGAGACAUGUUCUCCUGGAUUCUUCGGGGAAGCUUGCCAACAGAUCUGCAGCUGCCAGAACGGGGCCGACUGUGACAGUGUGACUGGAAACUGCACCUGUGCCCCAGGAUUCAAAGGAAUUGACUGCUCUAUCCCAUGCCCACUGGGAACCUAUGGAGUAAACUGCUCCUCUCUCUGUGGCUGUAAGAACGAUGCUGUCUGCUCACCUGUAGAUGGCUCUUGUACUUGCAAGGCAGGCUGGCACGGGGUGGAUUGCUCCAUCAGCUGUCCCAGCGGCACUUGGGGCUUUAGCUGUAACCUGACCUGCCAGUGCCACAACGGGGGAGCCUGCAACACCCAAGAUGGGACCUGCACGUGCACACCUGGAUGGCGUGGGGAGAAGUGUGAAGUCCCCUGCCAGGAUGGCACGUAUGGGCUGAACUGUGCAGAGCGCUGUGACUGUAGCCAUGCGGAUGGCUGUCACCCCACGACGGGCCACUGCCGCUGCCUCCCCGGAUGGUCAGGUGUCCACUGUGACAGCGUGUGUGCUGAGGGACGCUGGGGGCCCAACUGCUCUCUGCCCUGCUACUGUAAAAACGGGGCUUCGUGCUCCCCAGACGAUGGCAUCUGUGAGUGUGCACCAGGGUUUCGAGGCACCACUUGUCAGAGAAUCUGCUCCCCUGGUUUCUAUGGGCAUCGCUGCAGCCAGACGUGCCCGCAGUGUGUGCACAGCAGUGGGCCCUGCCACCACAUCACAGGCCUGUGUGACUGCCUGCCUGGCUUCACAGGUGCCCUCUGCAAUGAAGUGUGUCCUAGUGGCAGAUUUGGGAAAAACUGUGCAGGAGUUUGUACCUGUACCAACAACGGGACCUGUAACCCCAUUGACCGAUCUUGUCAGUGUUACCCAGGGUGGAUUGGCAGCGACUGCUCUCAACCCUGUCCACCUGCGCACUGGGGCCCGAACUGUAUCCACACGUGCAGCUGCCACAACGGGGCCUUCUGCAGCGCCUACGACGGGGAAUGUAAAUGCACUCCUGGCUGGACGGGGCUCUACUGCACUCAGAGAUGUCCUCUGGGGUUCUACGGAAAGGACUGUGCAUUGAUAUGCCAGUGUCAGAAUGGAGCGGACUGUGACCACAUCUCCGGGCAGUGUACGUGCCGCACUGGCUUCAUGGGGAAGCACUGUGAACAGAAGUGCCCUGCAGGAACAUAUGGCUACGGCUGUCGCCAGAUAUGUGACUGUCUGAACAACUCCACGUGCGACCACAUCACCGGCACCUGUUACUGCAGCCCAGGCUGGAAGGGCGCACGAUGCGAUCAAGCUGGUGUCAUAAUAGUUGGAAAUCUGAACAGCUUAAGCAGGACCAGUACGGCUCUCCCUGCUGAUUCCUACCAGAUUGGAGCCAUCGUGGGCAUCAUCAUUCUUGUGCUGGUGGUUCUCUUCCUGCUGGCGUUGUUCAUUAUUUAUAGACAGAAGCAGAAGGGAAAGGAAUCAAGCAUGCCAGCAGUUACCUACACCCCUGCUCUGAGGGUCAUGAAUGCAGACUAUGCCAUUUCAGAAACCCUUCCCCACAGCAACGGGGGAGGUGCGAACAGCCAUUACUUCACCAACCCCAGUUAUCACACACUUACCCAGUGCGCCACAUCCCCUCAUGUCAACAACAGGGACAGGAUGACCAUCGCCAAGUCGAAGAACAAUCAGCUGUUUGUGAAUCUGAAAAAUGUGAAUCCUGGGAAGAGAGGCCCAGUGGCGGACUGCACAGGAACGCUGCCAGCAGACUGGAAACAUGGAGGCUACCUCAACGAGCUUGGAGCUUUUGGACUUGACAGAAGUUAUAUGGGAAAAUCCUUGAAAGAUUUGGGAAAGAAUUCCGAAUAUAAUUCAAGUAACUGCUCCCUAAGCAGUUCUGAAAACCCAUAUGCCACUAUUAAAGACCCACCUGUGCUUAUCCCCAAAAACUCAGAGUGUGGCUAUGUGGAGAUGAAGUCACCAGCACGGAGAGACUCCCCCUAUGCAGAGAUCAAUAACUCAAGUUCAGCCAACAAGAAUGUCUAUGAAGUUGAACCUACAGUGAGUGUUGUCCAAGGAAUAUUCAGCAAUAAUGGGCAUCUCACCCAGGAUCCAUACGACCUCCCAAAGAACAGUCACAUCCCUUGCCAUUAUGACCUGCUGCCAGUCCGAGACAGUUCAUCCUCCCCCAAGCGAGAGGAUGGCGGCAGCGGCAGCAGCAGCAGCAGUGAAUGACACCAAAGGACUGCUCGGUAGCCGCUGGAACAGUGUCUAGAACUGCAGUUCGGUUCUUCUCCAUCCUCAAGUUUGCCACCUUAGGUGAAUGUUAAUCUACUUGGUAGGCAACUGUUGGACGUGAACCAGAAAGCUCAAAGCUGAGGCUGAUUGACCGUAGGUCCUUCUUGUACAGGUGGCUCAGAAGGAGAGAUCAAUGUGAUUUUCUACUCUUCUUAGUUUUAGAACUGCACUCGUGAAGCAUGACUUCCUAUAAAAUCUGGGCUAAAAGCAUGAACAUGCGGAGGUCCUUGGGAGGGAGUCAUGGGGUGCGGUGGCCGUUGGCAUUAUGGCUUGAACGAUUAAAAUUUAAAUAUUUUCUUUCUCAUUUGCAUUGCAGAGCUGUACCGAGGAUUGUGCAGUUUACCAUAAAAUCUAGUGCGAAUCACUUAACAUGUAGAAGAGAAGGGGCAUAUAAUCGAGUCCUUAUGUUUAUUUUUUCAGCUGGACUCAAAAUUAUAGGGAUAAUAUGAACCCAGGAAGAAAUGUUCUGUCGAGUGGCAUACCUGGAGAGACUUUGAAUAAACUCUAGAAUUGGUUAGCACAUUUAAAUAUGAAAACUUUAGACUUUUUUUAGGAUGAAGAAAUGAAAAAUUAGAAUUAUUUUAGAAAUAGUAGAAUUAUUUCAGGAAUCAGUAUACAGGUGUGGCUGGCAGAGGGUUGUCUUCUUUGACCCUUGGCCCACUUUUGAUCCAUGACAUCAUUCUGAUCACUGUCCCCAUCGUACAUAUUCACCACUCAAGGUCCAUAACAUAUCAAUAAUUAUUUCAUAAAUAUGGAUAUGAAAUAGUUUUAUUUUUGACAGACUGGAUUGAACGAGUGUAUAAUGAUUGGAAAAGGUUGUAACUUUUAAGUGUAAGAAGACGCUUCGGUUUUGUAAACCAUUAGUAACACAUGCUGUAAUAUAGAAUUAGCAGAAAGUUUUGAUUAAUUUUUCCCUAGAAGUGACCGGAAUAUUUUUGUGCAUAUUUGAGAAAAGGGCACUUUCCUUUUAUUAAUUGUUGAUUUAGAGAAACUAUGCUUAAGCUGGUCUUUUGCAUUGCUAAUAUGACGUGUACCCCAUUUUUCAUUAAUUUGUAUUUCCAUUUUUAAGUUGUAUAUUCUAUGUUUUGUAGUGCUUGGAUUGUUAAUGAAAAAUAUUAUAUUAUAUGUUCAUUGUUUCUUGUAUUAUUGCCACUUAUCUUUUUGCUUGAUAAAAAUGCAUUGUUCUUUUAUUUCUUUUGGAGGGAGGAGAUGAAAGUAUAUAAACCAAACCUGUUAAAAUCGGUCUUUACUAAAAUAGUAAAGUAACCAUAGGUGAAUGGCUUAUAAUUGAAAUAGAGAAGCUUUUUAAUAUUCCCAAAUGGAGCUCCUUUUGAUCUGUGGGUUCUGAGUCUUGGUUAAGCCAGGGGGUGGGGGAGGGAAGAGCUCUUGCUUAUUGAGCAAGUACUACAGACUGGUCUUACUGAAGACCUUCAUUGGGAUGAUCACACAACUGAUCACCCAAACUGGGACACUUUUGAGUGUGAAUGAGGGCAUCAUUAAUAUUUAACCUGCAAUGGGCUUAAAUCUGGUCAGUCCCAAGCACCAGAACGGGUGCUCAUCCUCUGCACACCUGGCACACACUAACAUUUUUCACUUCAAGGUAGUUGUCUCAAGAGAAUGCCAACACGAUGCAAGAAAGCCGGUGUCUCUUGGACCUGCCUGAGCAAGUGGAAGGGCUGAGAAGCUGCAUGAAGAAGCAACUUCAUGAGAGGAAACAGUGGCUGUGAAUCUUUAAGGACAUGAAAUCCUAGGUGGUAUCUCAGUGAGUCAGUUGACAUAUAUGUAUUGUGCACCUAUUCUGCUGGUAGUACACAGAAGGCAUUGUCCCUGCCAGUUAUCGAGUUGGGGUAUCCAGUGAGUUCACAUCACACACCUCCCCCUGUGAUGGUGGUUUGGUCAAGGAGAUGAUAGAACAAACACACCUCGAACAUUCACUCCUUUGAUGGCUGUUUCUUGUCGAGAGCCCCAAAGUUAAUUCAAGGACAUGUGGAGUUACCUGGAGCACACCUUAGAACCAAUUGAUUCAUUCCAACAGUUACCCUUUGGCUGACCCUUGGCUCAAGGGGGUGGGUAGGCACCUAAUUUAGACACUUGUGGGUCAGUAGCCACGAAAAGUCCUUUCCGGUAAGAAAAGAAUCUUUUUCCCCUUCUUGUUUAAGCAUCAUCUCUUCACUGCUCCAUGAUACAUUUGAGUUUCCCCAUAAGUCCUUUGAUAGAGCUAUAAAACAAAAACAACUCUUUUUUUUGUCAUUACACUACAAAAAAAAAAAAAGCACCAAAACCCUGAAAGCUUCCUGUACAAAGACAAGAGCGUCUUAAGCAGAAAGCCUGGGGAGCAGAUGUGGACUCUGAAGGGGCACUGCCCUCCCUCCCUGUGCAUUCUCUCUGGUAGACCAGUUGCUCAGGACUGAUGCUGUCCAGACACCACAUUUGCAUCAGAGGCGAGUCUUGCACAUCAGAGUUCACUCAAGAUUUUUCAAACAUCAGAACACAUAGAGCAUUUUGGAUAUUAUAAAAACUACAUGGUGUAUUGGGAGGGGUCUAGUUGAGAAGUCAAAACUUCCUAGAUAUUUUGAUCUAGGUUUGGGUAAAGAAUGAAAAUUAAAAGACAAAAGGACCUGGCAAGUUUUUUUUCCUCGGGACCCUUUCAGAUAUAUCAAAUAUAAUUUAAUGGUGAUGUCAUUCUUCAUACACCAUGAAUCUAUUCUCAUGACCUUUGAGCUCAUUCAUUUGGGACCCUAAAAUUAUUCUUCCUCACAUCCUAUAGUGGUCAGAGCAGUGAAUGAGCUUGGCGAUACCAAGGAAAAGCCAUUCAUGUCGGAAUGUCAGCCAAACUCUUCUUUCCCUAGAGGAUGAUAUGUCAGAAAAUUUAUAAACUAAUUGUAUUUAUAUAUAAAUACAUCAAAAGUGGCCCAACUAACAGCCUAUGUACUUGCUUUAAUAUGGAGAAUAUGUUAUUUAUGGUGAAUUAUAUGAUAAGGAAUAUUUCAUAAUUAUUUAAAAUGGUUGAUAUAAAUUCCUCUCACAUGCUAUAGUAGUUAUGCUAAGAGAGAGUUUAAUGUGCUUAGCAUUAUCUCUAUGGUAAAUUAUAUUCAUCAAUUUUAGGAAAACCAAUGUACAAUUUUAUAAGAUAAUUAUAACCUGUCCCAACCAAUUCCACUAGCACAACCACUGUGUGCUGUGAGAAAUGCAAACCACUUUAUGAAAAUGUGGUCCAUCCAAAGAGCCACAGCAGUACUUGAUAAUUAUUGGGGAGUUGUAAACCAUAAAUAUUGAAAAAGUUGCACAGGAGUAUAACACUAUUAAUUCAUGUCGAUAUUACAAGUCCAGUUACCUCUUAGAAUAAGAUGAAGUCAUAAAAAAUUGCCUUUUAAGGUUAUGUUUUUUAAAAUAACAAAUCUUCUAUCUUCGGGUAACAUCUUUAUUAUUCCAACUAAAUAUUUAAUAGAUACUUUGACCUUACAGUCUUUACGUCAUGGAAGUGUAUACAGAUGUGCAAGUGUGAGUCAUGUGGUGUGGGUGAGUGCUUAUUUCUUCACUGAAGAUGUACAGCAAACUGUCCUUUUAGGGUCCUCCAACUAGUGGUGACCUAACCCUGGGUCUGCUUGUUUUUAUUCAGUAGUUAGUCCAGGCUUCCUUUUGAUAUGAACAAAUCGCAACAUAUAUUUUUAAAAAGGAAAAAAAGUCCAAAUACGUAAGAAUUUUCCUGAUUGUAGCAAACAAAAAAUGCUUUCAGUGUGAAAAUAUCUCUAUUUUCCAAAGAUGGUAAACUUUGGUCAGUAUUAGCUUACGUUGUCAUUUA